CGCUCCGUCGACAGGGUGGAGUAGCCGCCUGCUAAGCCGACGGGCCGACAAGCCGAGCGAGGCGUGAGAGCAGCGGCGGGGCGGGUAGGCUGAGCUAGAGAGGUAUGCGUUUUCAGGAAUCGCCCCCCGCUUAAGAGUUCGCCCGCCUCGGUGUAACGUCGGCGAUCGCGGCGACAGAUUUCGUCUUAUGGCGGGUUUGUCGUAUUUGGUUUUCCGGUUCUCGGGCUCCGCCGGUCGGACCUAUGGGGUGUUCUCCAAGGGAUUGACGAGGACUCUGUUGAUAUUUUUUGAUCUGGCGUGGCGGCUGCGAAUCCGAUUCCCCUACAUCUACCUCAUCGCCUCGAUGAUGUUCAACGUGAGGUUACAGGUCCAUAUUGAAAUCCACUGAGUCUACAGCGUCUUGUCAUGAGUUUGCAGCCCUCUUAUAAAGACAUCAAGCUGACAAUGCAUAACAGUGUGGAGAAAGGGGACACUCGUUCCACUUAUUGGUACAACAAUGCACAAUGUGACACGGAUGGAGUCCUUCUCAGCUGCUGUCACAGAAGCACAGUGCCUUUGUGGGGGAAGGGACACCAGUAAAGUCCUCAAAAACCUAUGCUGGGGUAAGUAGUGAUCUGUGAGGGAGUGGAAAAUGCUCCCCAAGAUAGCAGUCUUAACUUGCCGCCAGAGACUGUAUGGACACUUCUCCAGAUGAUGGGAAAUGUGAUGGAUGAACAGUGGAAUUUCAGACUGCCUUUUUUUUGUCAAGAUAACGAGGACUGGGUAAUAAAUGACUGCUGGAAUAGGCUCCAGCAUCCUGCGACCCGAAUUUGGAUAAGCGGCUUGGGUAAUGGAAUGGUAAUAAACUUGAAGUGAAGAUAAAGUGAAUGUCACUUUGGAGCGGUCCAGCUACUAUGUAUUGCCAGAGUUUCACACAUGUUCAUUAGGCCACCUUGUAAGCAUCUCAAAGACAAACUGGAACUAUGUCAAGCUGCUCCUGUUUUAAACCUAAUCAUCUGCACUGCGUGACACAAACCUGCAUGGUUUCUGUCCUCGGUGGUUUGUCUACUUCAUCUGAGACCAUUGUAGAGGUGGUUUUCAGGAAUGGGUGUACAGGGGGCAGGGUAAAUGGAAUGUUAAUUGUGCAAAAAUGGGAAUGGUCUCCUGGCUUUAGCAUGUAUUAACAAUAACCGUGGUUGUUUGUAUAGUACAUUACAAUUGCCCUUAUGAAAUUUCCACCGAUAUUUUACUGGAAUUUUGCAGUUUAAGAAGCUUGUGCCCACUUGUCAAGUUUGUGUUGUGCAGCCACUACAUGAAUCACUGCACGCCCACCUCAUGUCCUCACGCGGGUUGGUCACCGUUUGGUGCAAGAGCAUAUCGACGUUACUGGACUGGUUGCAUUGGAGAAGUGUUACUCUGAAAACUUUUUUUUUUUUUUGCAAUGCUUCCCAUGUUUUAAAUGAAUAUGGGGGAUUUGUCAACUUGUGAAUUUACCACAGUAAGGUUUAGGUUAAUUUAAUGAAAAAAAAUAAAU